AUGAGCUUUACUCAGGCUAAUUGUUUUCGACCAUCCUACCACUCUCCUGUGACGAGGACACGUCGAGAUAAUGGUGUCUCCACCAGUGUACCAAUUAGAGCAACUGCUUCAGUGUCUACUCAGUUUUCGCCUCUGUUAAGUCACAGGCCUACUGGGAAAUGGAAGCGGAGUUCUGCUGUCUGCUUGUUUGGUGGCAAGGAUAAGUCCAAUGGUGGUGACGAGAUAUCACCAUGGAAAGCAAUAGAGAAAGCUAUGGGGAAGAAGUCAGUUGAAGAUAUGUUGCGGGAGCAAAUACAAAAGAAAGAUUUUUAUGAUACUGAAAGUGGCGGCAAUGCUCCUCCACGUGGAGGAGGAGGCGGUGGAGGUAAUGGUGGAGAGCGUCCUGAAGGGUCAGGAGGAGGAGAAGACGGUGGUCUCGCUGGGAUUGCCGAUGAGACUUUGCAAGUUGUUUUAGCUACCUUAGGCUUCAUCUUUUUGUACACUUACAUUAUCAAUGGGGAGGAGUUGAUGAAGCUUGCAAGAGAUUACUUCAGGUUUCUUACGGGGAAACCUAAGACUGUUCGAUUGAGCAGAGCCUUGGAUGGUUGGAAUGGAUUCAUGGAGAAGAUGUCGAAGCCGAGAGAGUAUGAUGAGUACUGGCUAGAAAAGGCGAUUAUUAACACGCCGACCUGGUAUGACAGUCCCGACAAGUACAAGCAAGUGCUCAAGGCUUAUGUCGACUCAAAGACUGAUGAACAGUUCGAUUAA